GUCACAAAUAUAAUUUCCUGCAACAAAAACAGUGUUCAUCUCUUGCUUCUUUUCGACUUUUCCUAAUUCAUCAGAUUGAAAAAGCAAAUACAACAAGUAACGGUUCUGCAAAUUAAUCCCAAAAUUAUGCUCCGAAUUCUCUCAUCCAACACCCAAUGCGCAACAGUUUCCAGUUAAAUAAGCCCUAGCUCGAAACCCCCUUUUUUCACGAAUUUGGAAGAAUUAAAAUGCCACGUUUUCCUCGUUUAUGUGCCCCAAAACCUCGUACUGAAAUGUCGAUGAAAUGGAGCAGCUAAUCUAGAGCUACAUGGCGAAUAUUCAUACGUUAGUGGCUAGUGUAAAUAGUCUCUACCUGUGUAAUGACAGCAUCGCCAAGUUUUACUGCUACGAUGCCGUCGAUGGUUUAACCAGUCGAAGAAUCAACGGAAAGAAGAAGAAAUGCCGGAAUCAUGGUUAUGUCGGUGGGUGUGGUGCUAGGGUUUCUGCGAUUGAUUAUACGUGGAGGCUGUGUGCUGCUACGGAACUUCGUGGUGUUCAGGAAAGCUUUAGUAAGAAUAUCAGUGUGCAGAACCCAGUUCCUUUUAUCGAAAUCCCCGUCACUUGCUACCAGGUUGUUGGUGUUCAUGAUAAAGCGGAAAAAGAUGAAAUUGUUAAAUCAGUGAUGCAUUUAAAAAAUGCAGAGAUUGAAGAGGGAUAUACUAAAGAUGCUGUUAUAUCUCGCCAGGAUCUUCUAAUGGAUGUUAGAGACAAACUUCUAUUUGAACCAGAAUAUGCUGGAAAUGUCAAAGAUAAGCUGCCCCCUAAAUCUUCUCUGAAAAUUCCUUGGGCUUGGUUGCCUGGUGCUCUAUGCCUUCUACAGGAGGUUGGAGAAGAAAAGCUUGUGCUAGAAAUUGGGCGAAGAGCCCUGCAACAUCCAGAAUCAAUGCCAUUUGUUCAUGAUUUGCUUCUGUCAAUGGCUCUUUCAGAGUGUGCAAUUGCAAAAGCUGGCUUUGAGAAGAACAAUAUUUCUCAAGGAUUCGAAGCCCUUGCCCGUGCUCAAUGUCUAUUGAGGAGCAAGAUUUCUCUUGAGAAGAUGAUGCUAUUGUCUCAGAUAGAAGAAUCUUUAGAAGAGCUUGCUCCAGCCUGCACAUUGGAUCUCUUGGGGAUGCCUCACACACCUGAAAAUGCUGGACGAAGACUUGGCGCUAUCGCAGCUCUGCGUGAAUUGCUGAGGCAGGGGCUGGAUGUUGAAACUUCAUGCCAUGUUGAAGACUGGCCUUGCUUUCUGAAUCAAGCACUUAAGAAACUUAUGGCUACAGAAAUUGUGGAACUUAUUUCUUGGGACAGUUUAGCUCUUACAAGGAAGAAUAGAAAAUCGCUUGAGUCACAGAAUCAAAGAACUGUCCUCGAUUUCAAUAGCUUUUACGUGGUUUUAUUAGCUCAUAUUGCCCUUGGAGUUUCGAGCAAACAAACUGACCUGAUUAACAAGGCAAAAUCAAUUUGCGAGUGUUUAAUAGCUUCAGAAGGCAUUGAUUUGAAAUUUGAGGAGGCCUUUUGCUCUUUCCUUUUGGGGCAGGGUGAUGAAGCAACGGCUGUUGAAAGACUGAGGCAGCUUGAAUUGAAUUCGAGUCCUAGUUCACAAAAGUCACUGCAACUGAAAGAAACCAGAGAAGUUUCAAGUGGGAACAAACCACUGGAAACAUGGUUGAAAGAAGCUGUUCUUGGCUUGUUUCCGGAUACACGAGAUUGUUCCCCAUCUUUGGCGGACUUCUUUAAUGGGGAAAAAAGAUCUUUUGGAAACAGAAAAGAUAAAAGAGCUCCUCCAACUUUAUCCAACAUGAGGCUCAGAUCGCUUGCUGUUGCUCCUCCACUGGAUCAAAGAGAUGAAGACUCGGUUUCAUUCACAGAUUAUUCACGCCAUCUUGGUCCAGCUGUCAAGCAGCUUUCUCCUCCUAAUCUGCAAAGUCCACUAAUGGAGGGAAAAGGCAUUGCUGGCUCACCAUCUAUUCAAUUGAAAAGAACUUUGGGUUCAAAGCAGCGUGAAGUAUGGAAAAUUUGGUUGAGCUCCAGUCACGUAGUUGGAAAGAUGAUAUAUACUACAGCAUUAGGCUGCAUCUUGUUUGCUCUAUUUAAGCUAUUGAACGUGCAAUUAUGGAGACCUGCAAAUGGAUCUAGAUGGAGAGUGGAUGAGCAAAGAUUUUCUACAAGCUCCUCUACUGUUGCUGAUUCUCCUAUUGAUUUAAGAUAUAGACGUGCAAUUAUUAAGCAAAAUGGUAUUACGAGAAAAAUCAAGAAAGUUCUCUCACGUCUUAAAAUGCAGUCUGGGAACCAUCUAGAAUCUGCAGAUAUCCAAACUGCUUCACUCUCUUCUGGCCUUUCUUCUUCAAUAACAUCAACUUAUAGGGAACCAAUGCCUGUUGAAGAAGCUGAGACACUUGUCAAGCAAUGGCAAGCAAUUAAAGCAGAAGCGCUUGGGCCUAACCAUGAUACUGGUGGGCUUGUUGAUAUCCUUGAAGGAUCAAUGCUUGUUCAGUGGCAAGCGUUGGCUGAUGCAGCAAAAGGAAGGUCGUGCUUUUGGAGAUUCGUCUUGUUGCGAUUGACAAUCGUACACGCAGAUGUUUUGGAAGAUGGGAUGGGAAGGGAAAUGGCAGAAAUAGAAGUUCGCUUGGAAGAGGCAGCCGAACUGGUGGAUGAAUCCCAGCCUAAAAAUCCAACUUACUACAGCCCAUAUAAAAUACGGUAUCUUCUCAAGAGGCAAGGCGAUGGGUCGUGGAAGUUCUGCGAAGGUGAUAUUCUGACUCCCCCGUGACAUUUGAGGAAAGCCUAAUUGCGGCCGUAUUUAAUUCCGCUCAACAGACGCUCGUCCAUAUAUUUAUUUUUACCUGUAUAUGGUAUUUUGAAGCUGACUCAGAAUUUCAAUGAAGAAAGUGGAGAUACUUCUCUCUUUUCCAUUUUCGUUAUUUCAGCCAGCCAGUUGUGUAUUUAGCAGAACUAGUUAGAUAUUCCAUUUAUUGUUUCUGAUCCGCCAUCGGCAUCUACUAGCAGCAGUAAUGGCAGUCCUGUUAUUCAACGAGUUUAUUGACAAAGUUGAAAUUCAAGUUAUUUCACCAUCUCUUUUACUAGUUAUUAUUUGGUCAUUGUUUGUUUUGUUGAGACUGUAUUUCUGGGGGUUGAAUUUACAUAUUUGCAUGUUU